AUGUCCAGCACAGCAGCAUCCGACUUCGCCUUCACAACCCCCUAUGUUCAGGCCGACGCUUGUUGGGACCUGGUCGGCGGGAGCCGGGCCACGACGGUGACUGACGGGACAACGUACUGCAAGGAGGCUACGGAUCUCUGCACCGAGUGUCUGCCACCAAGCUGGAGGACAAUCCCUCCCGAGAGUCGUUACUCGCCGAGCCCUGCGGUCUUGACUACAGCGUGGUGUUGUGAUUACUAUAAAGACCUCUACGCACUCAACGACUAUCCACUAGACGGCUACUCAAAACCCUGCGUCCAAAGUGAGGGCGGAGAGAUUUACGUCCAUACACCGUGGCAUAUCACCUGGCAGGAGUCCGAUCGAUCGAGUCUACGCCACGAGCCGCCGACUGUAGAUCCGGAUAUGAUGAUAGAUACCUGGUUACCGGGGAUUAUUGGUGCGGGACCUCCAGAGCAAGUUCCAUUACCUACACCAUCAGAGCCCGAGCCUGAGCCAGAGGCCUCUGUGACAGCACCACGGAACUCGGACUCGCCGUCAUUCUCGCCAUCCGCCAUACUUUCUCUAACGAGCCCUGGCUCUAGCUCUUCAACACCCGAGAACCCGGGCACCUCCGAAGAGCAAAACAGACCAUCACAGUCGACGCAGGACGCAGAGCCGACAUCGACUGGCAAUGAGUCCGUUUCGCCCGAUGAGCCUUCAAUAACACCGACAGGUGGCGGUGCGUCCAUAUGUGCGACACCCAUGGGAGCUACGGUGGCUGUGGGGUUCACGAUGAGUGUAGGGCUCGGGCCGAGAAUUCUCGGACUGGACUUAUGA